AUGGUUUACACCGCCGCUACAAGACACCCCAGAGGCCUUCGUCUGCUCGCGCUGGACGGGGGCGGUGUUCGAGGUAUCAUGGGCCUGACCGUCCUCAAACAUCUCAUGGAACGCGUCCGUGAUCGAAAGGGUCUCGCCGAAACACCACGGCCCUCCGACUACUUUGAACUUGCGGGCGGUACCAGCACUGGCGGAAUCAUGGGCAUCAUGCUGUUUCGUCUUCGCAUGUCCGUCGAUGAUACCAUCAAGGAGUACGAUAGAAUCGCCAAGACCAUCUUCCGUCCCAUGUUCUAUGGUCGCGAUAUCAGCUGGAUCCCUGGCGCAUCAUACCUCAAUAAUAGCAAAGCUCUUGUCCAAGACAGUCGCUUUGAUGCUGGGUCUAUGGUGAAGGCUAUCGAUGAGGUUGUUGAGAAGUUUGGUCUUGAUGAGAAUGAUAGGAAGCUUAAAGGAAAUGCACCUCUCCAGCAUGAAAGAGGAGCUCGAAUGUUCUGCUGUACCACUGCCCAAAACAGGAGCGAGUCAUUGUUGAUGCGGUCCUACAGAGAUAAGACCAUCUACGUCAAGUCCAAGGCUAACGAUGCCAUGUCCAAGUAUGGAGACAGGAUGACCAUCAGUAUCGCUGCUCGCGCAACAUCUGCCGCACCGACAUUCUUCCCCGAAGUCCGGUUUCCUGAGGAGCAACAGAAGCCCGACCUUGUCUUUUGGGACGGCGGACUUCUCAACAACAACCCCAUCGACCAACUCUGGUACACAAGAUUCGAGCUCGUUGAACCCAAUGACCCUGCGCCCGCGGUAUCCUGCGUCAUCAGUCUUGGUACAGGCUACGUCAGUCCCGCCAAAGCUCAAAAGUCGUGGAUCAAGGUCGUUGGAGUCGCGUCAAAGGUAAUGGACUUUGCGACCAACACAAACGCUAAGGGCAAGGACUUUUCGCGGCAUAUGUCUCAUCUCAACUUGCGGGAGGAGCACAAGGACACCAAGUACAUUCGUUUUAACCCAUAUCUGCAAGAGGAGAUUGGCCUGGACGAGUAUGGGAGAAUGGAGGAUCUUAAGACGAUUGCAAAGAAGAGCAUGGAUGAUCCCAGACCCGAGACGCAGGAGUGGAUUAACAAAGCCGUCGAUGCUAUUUGUGCUUGA